AUGUGAUAUUCGCUGAUAUGUGUUUGCUACUGGAAAUUCAAUCUACUUGACACUUCACAUCUCUUCAGUUCUUCUUGAUCACGUUGUUUUCUUCGUUCUGUCUGUGAUUAAUCUUGCAAUACCUACAAAAUGGCGUCUGCUUCUGGCGUUUUGAUUGACCAAGACUGCAUCACCGCAGCCAAUGACCUUCGAUUUGCAAAGGGAUCGAGCAAGAUCAAGUUCGUUAUCUUCAAGAUAACCGACGACGAGCAGAGCGUUGUUGUUGAAGAGACGUCUCCUGAUACCGAAUAUGAGACUUUCCGCCGGAAACUUCUCUCGGCGGUUGACAAGUCUGGAAAGUCAGCUCCGCGCUAUGCUCUCUACGAUGUUGAUUAUGAUCUUGGAGAAGAUGGGAAAAGAACCAAGACGAUCUUUAUAUCUUGGGUCCCACAGAACUCACCUAUCAAGCUCCGCAUGCUCUAUGCUAGUACGAUGGAAUAUUUGAAGAAAGCAGUCAAUAUGAGUGUUUUUAUCCAUGCUGAUGAUCAAGAGGAUAUUGAGUGGGAGGAGUUGGUCAAGACUGCAAGUGGUGGCAAAGCAAAAUGA